AUGGUCCCGGAACCCCAGCGGAGCUUUCGCCUACAUAUCGCCAGAGUCUUCCGCAUCCGAUCGCUCUCCGACUUUGUGCGAAGUGGAUCUUCCUGGCCGUCUCAGACAGACUUUGUUUCGCGUCUUAUGGACUUCACGCUACUGUCCACAGCCCCUGGUCUCCAAAUCAAGUGGUUGCGCGUGCUUUACAAGGAGACGACACAGAUUGUUGAACGUCUGAAUGCACGUUCGAUCGUAUGGCCCGCUUCGCCUCCUUUAACUCAAGUGGCUCCCUACUUGGGCUGCACGAUUGGUCCAAAGACAUUUCUGGUCCCUGCAAUUCCGCGGACCGCGCUUCUCGGUGUGGUUUGGCAGCCUGUGAUGCCAGCUAAACCGCAUCCCAUGACUAUGCACUCGCGACACGUCGACGAUGAGCAGAUCACCUCGGUCAUCAAGCAUGGUAAGCAUUUGCGCAAGAUCCUGCUUCCUGUCUUUGAAGACCUGCAGUUCCGCGUGACCUUUCGUCUUUUGCCAUUGCGCGCUCGAUUUUGGUUUCUUAUCGCUUCGAACCCGCGUAUUCAGUAUUGUGUGCGCGAUGGAUGCAAUGCGAUCGAGACAGAGCAACAUUUGUUUUUCGACUGCACUCUCGCAUCACGUCUGUGGGGUCACUUGAAUCAAGUGAUGUCCUUCUUCUUUCGUACGAGGCCGACAUGGUUGGACAUUGUUUUGGCGAAAAAAAUGCGCGUGCGCGGUAAGUGGAAAAUUAAUGUGGGCGCCAUUCACGAUAUCUGGGAUGCUCUUCGUACGGCAGCUCUUCACUUUAUCUGGAAAGACCGCAAUCGAUGCUUGUUUGAUGGACGGUUGCCUACACCGUAA